AUGCUCUCAAGUCACACCUCUGAAAUUCCUCCGACGGCGGACCUGCCCCAGGCGGGACGGCCAACGGAUAUAGCUGGACCGACCGUCGCCACUCAACCUCUAGCAACAUCCCCCUUGGUGAACUCCGCUGCCCUGUCGUACAAAAAUGCUCUGGCAGGAUCCUCUCAAUUCCCUUCCUCGAAGGACAAUCAAUGGACAUUUGUUGGAGAUCAUGAUCUUGAAUCUGGCUCCUUCAACGGGGAACCAGAGCUCAAAAUCUCUACCAAGUUCAAAGAACGGCUAUGUGAUCCGUGGAAGAAGACGCUAGUUGUUCGAUUGCUCGGCCGAUCCGUUUCAUACGCCUAUUUAUGCUCUCAACUCCGCUGGAAAUGGCGGCCGGUAGGUUCUCUUGAUAUUAUAGAUUUAAAUGACGAAACUUUCUUGGUGACUUUUGGCAGCGAUCAGGAUUAUCUACAUGCGCUAACGGGAGGGCCAUGGGUGAUUCUUGAUCACUAUCUGAUCGUUCACCAGUGGUCACCAGCGUUCCGAACAUCUGACAAGCCUCAUCGGAGAGUAGUGGCCUGGGUUCAAUUGCCAGAGUUACCGGUUCACUUCUACCAUCGCGAGGUUUUGUUUGCGCUGGGGAAUCUAAUUGGCCGGACGGUGAAGCUCGACUAUCACACUGAGAAGCUAGAACGUGGAAAAUUUGCAAGAUUAGCCAUCGAACUCGACAUGACAAAAUCUCUGCCUACGUGGAUCAGAUUAGACGGCUUCUGGCAACAGGUUCUCUAUGAAAAUAUUCCUGAGAUUUGCUUCCAGUGUGGGAGAAUUGGGCAUCUAGAAGACAAGUGUCCCAGUACGGUUAACAGGCAACCUCUGGCCAUCGUCCCUGUUCCAGGAACCGCCCAUCAUCAGGUUUCUCCCGACGAAACUCCGGCGGAACCACCGGCCGGCUUUGGCCCAUGGAUGCAAGUUACAAGGAAAUCACGGAAAACUUCCAAAUCUGGAACUACAAAUCCGGGCAGGGCUCCUCACCUUCCUCCUAUGGCUAUCGUAACCUCUGGAAAAUCCCAAGCAAAAUCAGCUCCGAAAGGGAAGGUGGAUUCGAAAUCAACAGGAUUGAUGGAAACAAAAGGGAAGGUUGACAAUCAAUCAGCGAACAAAAAGGGUCCCUCUUCGAAGCAUAAAGGGAAAGAAGUGACAAGUGAGGAUCCAACUCUAGGAGGAAAGUCCCAACCUGAUAAACCAGUGAAAGAAUGGAGAGCCGUUGCCCAGCGUGAGCCUCUAAGAGACCAAGCCCAGGCCCAGCCCACUGAAGCGUCCACAUCAAACUCAUUAAAGACCGGGCCUGCUGGAAAAAUGGGGCCGGAAACCCAUACUAUUCUGGGUGCAAACAACACUACGAUCCACCUGAUCUCGGUCCCUCCUCUGUCUUCAACCCUCAAAGAAAACAAGGAUCCCAACUCUCAGUCUUCCUCAUCUGUUCGACUCCAUUACCAGAAGAAGCAAAAAGAUCAACCGCCGGUCAAGGAGCUCAACAAAGGAGUCAAGCUGAAAGCGGUUAAAAAGCCAGUUCAAGUGGCAAUUAACAAGCGGGAACUGACCAAUAGAUUAAAGGAAGCCGCCUUCCCAGUCACCAUCAACGCCAUCGAGGAGCUUAUCGCCCAAUCCCAACACAAGCAAACAGAUUUUCAGGCUGCGAAGGGAAGUAAAGCUGGCGAUGUCGUCAUGACAGAGACUUUGGAGGACAACCCUUCAAUUCACUUGACAUCCUCGGGGGAGAACCAGAGUGCAUCAGUUGCCCCUCCUUGA